AAUUAAUCUAGUUAGGAAUUGAAGGAGGUUACACAUUGGAUUUCAAGUCAUUCCACAAGGAGUUGCCAAACUGAAAUUUGGAAUGGAAUGCUUGGUCCAACAUGCAGUGGACUACAAGGGUAUGCCUGCUGACAGGACUGAGACUGGCGGUUGGAUAUCUGCUGCUCUGAUUGCUGUAAUCCAGUUGUGUGAAGGAUUUUCAACUAUAGGAAUAUGUGUGAACCUUGUCCCAUACUUGAUUGGAACAUUACAUCUCUCAAGUCAAGUGGCUGCCAACACUGUAUCCAACUUCUUGGGGGCUCUUUUCAGUCUAUCUUCUCUAGGAGGAAUUCUUGCUGAAUCCUACUUGGGCAGAUAUAAAACAAUUCUCAUCUUUGCACUUAUCCAGGGUCUAGGUACAUGCUUCUUGUCUAUAUCAACUGCACUUCCACAGCUAUGGCCACCUCCUUGUGAUCUUGAGGCUGAUUCAUCUGCAGAUUGCGAACAAGCAAGCAGACUUCAAAUGGCAGCAAUGUAUUCAUCUCUGUAUCUAAUGGCAGUAGGGACUGGUGGCCUCUUACCCAACAUCUGUGUUUUUAUCUCCGACCAAUUCGACCAAAAGAACGACAAGGAAAAGGCACACCUAAGACAAUUCUUCAACUGCCUCUUUUGCUUAUUCGCCGUGGUGGCUCUGUUGGCUGUAACACUUCUUGUUUACAUUCAAGAUGAAUACCAACGAAGUUGGGGCUAUGGGGUUUGCUCUCUUUCAAUGCUCCUUGCUAUCUUCAUGUUCUUGGCCGGUACAAGAAGUUACAGAUACAAAAAGCUCACCAGAAGUGCCUUGGUUCCAAUCCUACAAGUUCUCUUGGCUGCUAUAAAGAAGAGGAAGUAUCAGGUUCCUGCAAAUAUUGAGGUACUCUAUGAAGAUAAUCCAGAGUCUUCCAGAAUCCCUCACACUCGUCACUUCAAGUUCUUGGACAAAGCUGCUAUUCCUACAAAAGAUGCCUUUGUAUCAUCAACCAAUUCCUCAGUUCCAGAUCCUUGGAAGGUGUCCUCAGUUACAAGAGUUGAGGAGGUUAAAAUGAUUGCCCAUCUCUUACCAUUUUGGGCAACAACAAUCCUUUUCUGGACUGCAUUUUCACAGCUGAUGACCUUCUCAGUAGAACAAGCCUCCACCAUGAACAGAUCCAUUGGGGGGGCUUUCAUUGUUCCUGCUGGUUCAGUUGCCAUCUUCUUUGUGCUGCCCAUAUUUAUCACUUUAGGAUUGUAUGGUCCUGUUAUCAAACCCAUCUGGAGAAAAUUGAGAGGGAAACCUGGCCUCACAAGCUUACAGAAGAUAGGGAUAGGCCUGUUACUAGCUGCACUGGGCAUGGCUGCAGCAGCAGUUAUCGAGUCGAAAAGAUUAUUGGUGAUGAGAGCUUCGAGUCCAUCAUCAUCAUCAUCGUCAUCGUCAUCACCUCUACCCAUUACUGUCCUCUUCCUGAUCCCGCAGUUCGUGCUGGUGGGAUCGGGAGCAGGGUUCAUGUACAGCGGGCAGUUCAACUUGUUCAUCAAGCAACACACGCGAAAAGGGAUGAAAGCAAUCGGCACCUGCAUCUUUCUCACCACCCCGGCACUCGGCUUCUUUCUCAGCAGCUUCCUGGUGUCACUUGUCCAGAGAAUCAGUACCAUUCGAGGCGGCAAAGGGUGGAUAGGCCACAGCAUCAACAACGGCAGAAUCGACUGUUUCUAUGGCCUUUUAGCUGCCCUAACCUUAGCUGAUUUUGAGAUCUUUCUUUUCUGUGCUGCGGCGUUCAAACCACAGCAGAAAACGGAGAUGGAGGGUGUUGGCAGUGGAGCUUCAGGUGUGGAUAGAGAUGUGAAAACCUCAACUACAGUAUGA